CUCACUCACCCGCUCACAAAGCCCAGCAGUAGUAUGUCAUCAGGGAGCCAUUAGUCUCGACUCUUAUCCAUGCACAGGAAGAAGAUUCUUAGCCAAUGACUCCCUCAAAUAAGCCCUUCACUUCAGAAACAAAAAGAAAUCCAUGUCCUUUUUGUCUUUGAAAUCUCUCGAGUUCUGCUUCAUCACUGCAUAGUUACAAUAUAUAUUUAUAUAUAAAGCCUUUGGUGUCGAAAAUGAUAAGUCAAACAAGUGUAACAAACAGAUCUCCUUUUACAGCAAUUCAAUGGCAGGAACUUGAACAACAAGCUCUUAUUUUUAAAUACCUGGUCUCAGGGAGCCCAAUCCCACCUGAUCUCAUUUACUCUGUCAAAAGAAGCCUAGACUCUUCACUGUCUUCUUCUUCUUCAAGGCUCUUCCCCUUCCAUCCAAGUAGGAAUGAAGCAUGUUAUUUCGUGGUUAUUAAAGAUUAUGUUUCAGUUUUUAUUCUCUUUUACUUCUUCUUUUUAAUCUAUAUUGCUGCAGUUGGAUGGGGAUGCCUAGAAAUGGGAUAUGGCAGAAAAGUAGACCCAGAGCCAGGGAGGUGCAGAAGAACAGAUGGCAAGAAAUGGAGAUGCUCAAAGGAAGCCUAUCCGGACUCAAAAUACUGUGAGAGGCACAUGCACAGGGGGAGAAACCGUUCAAGAAAGCCUGUGGAAAUUUCUUCAGCAACAGCAACAACUGGAAUUUCAACAAACACAUCACAGCCAGUCUCUUCAUCAUGUAGUAACACAAGCCUUACCAUGAUCAAUCCCAAUCCACCCUCAACAACUUCUUUCCCUCUCGCUAUAUUGCCCUCUUCUAUGCCCUCUGAUUCCCAACCUUAUUAUUCCCAUAUUUACCAAAACUCUUCUCUCAGCCCCUUGUUCUACACCCAUUCAACCUCAUGUAGACCUCUGGACUAUGAUUUUCCUUCUCAAAAAAGCAAUACCCACCAGCUAUUUUUAGACUCUGGAUCUUAUUCUAGGGAUGAGUACUAUAGGCAUGUUCAUGGAAUGAGGGGAGGUGUGGAUGAAAGAGCUUUCUUCCCAGAAGCCUCAGGGGGCGUUAGGAGCUUUCCUGAUUCCUAUCAACAAUUACCAAUGAGCUCCUGUGAACCUCAUUCAAAGUCACAGUUCCCAAACAUGAAUGAUAAUCCAACUCCAAGGCAACAAGAAGGGCAACAUUGCUUUGUUCUGGAAAGAGACUUCAAAUCACCAGGACAACUAAAGCAUGAGAGUGAAACUGAGAUGACCCAGAGAUCCCUUCAUCAUUUCUUUGGUGAAUGGCCUCCAAAGGACACAGAUUCCUGGCUUGAUCUUGCUUCAAAUUCCAGAAUCCCCUAAGAUGAAUGAUAAGACUCGUGAAGCGGUACCGCAGAUAAAAGAUCUUUGUAUAGCAGGGGUAGCUUUCUUUUGCAAAAGAAUGGUCUUUGUUGAGUUAUGUAGGGGGCCACAGGAAGAGGAUCUGUUAUCUGUGCCCGUACUUUUCGUGAUAUUUAUGUAUUUACUUUCUUCUCCGCGAAGGGAAAAAAGUUGUCUCAGAUUUGCACAGUUUGUUGUUUGACUGGAAAGCAUAGUGUUGUUA